UUUAUUUAGAUUUUUCAUAAUCUUCUUUUUGUCAACAAUACUACUUCCUGGUUUGUUCAUGUCUUACAGACUUUGAAACAAAUAUAUACUCUAGUUCUCCGUGAACUAGUUUGGCCUACAAAGUCUUUCAGGAUCGUGUUCUAAACACAAAAACUGUGCCAUGAAAAUGAGUCAGUGGUUGAAAAUUUCAUUGACGAUUUGUGUCUUGUUAAUUCAAUGGAUCAAGCCUUCUGAACAAGAACCACUAGAUGAUUAUAUAUUGGAUUACCAGGAAGUCAACUAUGACCCCUUUAAUUUACAUAACAAUCAUAUGAGGGUCAAAAGGUCGCUUGAUAAACACUUAUACCUCAGGUUCAAAGCUUAUGAUAGAGAUUUUCAUCUAAAGUUGCAGACUGCUAAGGACAUCUUCAGUCCCACUCAUAUGAUGGAAGACCAAGAUGGCAAUCUCAAGCCAGUCGAUACUUCGUUUAUAUACGAAGGCUCAUUAGUCGAUGUACCAAGGAGUUUCGUGCAUGUUGCUAUAAUAAACGGAACUGCCCGUGGUCAUAUACAUAUACCUGGUGACACAACAUAUCAUAUAGAACCUUCCAAACGAUUCUUCCACAAUCCUGGUUUUCAUUCCGUCAUAUAUCCAGAGAGACACAUGAAUUUAGACCCAUAUCGACACCUGCGAGAGAAAGAUGUACAUAUGGGUCAGUGUGGAAACGAUCGUGUACGUGAGUGGAUGACCCGCGUAUCGGAGUCUGCUUAUGAGGCACCAAAUAGAGCCAAGAGGUCAGAAAUGCCAUCUGAUUCUACUAGCUCUUUCAAGUACACAGAACAAGCAAAUCGCCACAAACGAUCGGUGAAUUUGGCUAAAGAGAAUAAAAACACAUGCUACCUGUAUCUACGAACAGACCCAACAUUCUGGAAUUUUAUCAAGAAAGAAAAAUACAAAAAAUCAUCCGCAGAUGGGGACUUGUCAGAUGAGCGAGUAACAGAGGAAAUUCAGGCGUUUUUCGCAAGUCAUGUUAAUGCUGUCAAGACGAUAUUUUCAGACACCCUUUUCGAAAGCUAUGACAGGAAAAUAUCGUACAGUGGCAUCACAUUUUUAGUGCAGAGAACUAAGAUUAUGACUGAUGUGACUGAGAAGUGCACCACGAACAGCCCGACGGCAUACUGCAACCGUAACAUUGACGUCAGCAACUUCCUCAAUCUGAACUCCAUGGACAAUCACGACGACUUCUGCCUGGCGUAUGUUUUCGCACAUCGCGACUUCACGCAGGGAACACUUGGUCUCGCCUGGGUUGCUUCACCAAGCAAAAAAGCUGGUGGUAUAUGUGAAAAGUCUAAGCGCUUUCCAGCAGGAAACAAACACGUGUGGAAGAGUUUGAACACGGGAAUAGUAACCAUUGUGAAUUAUGGCAAGUCGGUUCCAUCACGAGUGUCGCAGCUCACAUUCGCCCACGAGUGUGGACAUAACUUUGGAUCACCGCAUGACAGUGGAAUCCACUGUGCCCCAUUUGGUACGUCGGAUCCCGGUGCAUCGAAGGGCAAUUAUAUCAUGUUCGCCAGUGCCACCAUGGGGGACAAGGACCACAAUGAUAAUUUCUCCCCGUGUAGCCAGGACAACAUCACCCGCGUGCUCGAUGCAAUGUACAGAGGUUACAGCGGCAAAAGUAACUGUUUGUCUGAAUCACAAGGACAGUUCUGCGGCAAUGGUAUCACAGAGGAAGGGGAAGAAUGUGAUUGUGGAUUUAAAGAGGACUGCACGGACACGUGUUGCCAUCCCAAGGGUGCAGAAAAUAAGCAGGAAUGCAAGCUAAAGUCUGUAAAUGGGAAUAAAGUACAAUGCAGCCCAACUCAAGGUCCUUGCUGUAAAGGGAACACUUGUACGUAUGUUGAAUCAUCGCCCCAACAGCAGUGUCGAGCCAAGGAUGAGUGCUCUCUUGCCCAGUACUGCAAUGGCCAAAGUUCAAGUUGUCCUGUGUCUGACUUCCUACCCAAUAUGACACGCUGUAACGCUAACUCUCAAGUUUGCAUAUCAGGGAAAUGCAUGGGUUCUGUUUGCCAGACUAUUCCUGGCUGGUCUGCGUGUUACCUGACCUCAUUGCCAGAUGGUGGCGGGCCAUCAAAGGAGGAACUUUGUUACGUUGCUUGCAUGAACCCCAGCACAAAGAAAUGUGUUAGUUCAUUCAAUAAAGAUGAUGUCGACAAGCCAGAGAAUGACGAUUUCAAAAAGAUGCUGAGCAAUAUCAGUGUGAACGGCAUAAAAUUACCAGCUGGUUCCCCGUGUGACAAGUUCCGUGGCUACUGUGAUGUGUUUCACCUGUGUCGUGGCGUGGAUGCUGACGGCCCAUUGGCACGGCUUAAAAACCUUAUUUUCAACCCACAGACUCUACAAACUAUAAAGGAUUGGAUCGUGGAACACUGGUGGGCUGUCAUGUUGAUGAGUAUCUGUCUGGUGGUCGUCAUGGGAGUUUUCAUCAAAGUGUGUGCCGUUCACACGCCCAGCAGCAAUCCUCGCAAACGAGCUGCGCGCAAACUGUCACUGCCUGGACGCGGUCACCGCGCCGCCAACAAUAAAGCCCAGGAUCGAGCCAGACAAGGGAGUGCCGUCAUGUCAACGAUAUAGACUAACUGAGAAUGAUUAAGUUUGUGAAUUGAUUGUUUUCAGGAUAUCCAAUAUGUCAAGCCAUUUGAGCUAAUCAGGGGUUUCAAAUCACACCCUUGGGUCAAGGUUAUAUCCCUGUAAUCAAUCUGGACCUUGACCUGUACGAACAUUUUCUUAAGAUAUAACAAUCAAUGGGCAAUACUAAUGGGUGUUUUGCGGUGGUGAAUUACAUAUACAUGUAUGUAUGGUUGCUCUGCAUGCUAUGGCAAAAUAUAAAGUUUGUUUUAUUUAACAACACCACUAGAGAACAUGGAUUUUGGCAAAAACAUAAGUAGGGACAUUCAGAAAUAUAACAUUAAAUAAUAGAGGUUUAUUUAUUAUAUAUUUUAAUAGGAAUUACUGCAAAACACAAGGGGUUAUUAGACAAUACAUUAGUGUGAAAUGUUCAUGUCUGGGUAGUUUGACAUGGCCAGAUGAAACACAUAUUGAUGCCAAGGGUCAGGGAUGAAAGUUCGCCGCCUUUCGGCGGAAUUCCGCCUUUUUGUUGCGCCAAAUGUGUUUUUUUUAAAUCCGCCCCUUUUCAACUUUCAUUCGUUCCGCCUAAAAUUUCCGGAGUUUAGAUCCAACUUUAGAUCUAACAUGGCUGCUCCCAUUGUGGCCGCCAUAUUUGUUUAUUCGCCAUUGGCCAGAUUUGUCUCGCGAAGUAUCAUCUGCGCGAGACCAAUGCGCAGAUCGUAUACAUUGGUCGCGUCAUGUUGGACAAAAUGGUGGUAUUGUUUGCGAAUGCGAGUAGGUUCGCAAAAUCGGUCAACCUGGUGUUGCCGUUUGUGCUUGGUACAAUGACAGGGUGAAAUACGGCGGAAAAGGCAAAUCACACUUGAAAAAGCAUGCGAGUAAAAACCAGCAUGUCUACGCCAGCGCGUCCUCGGCCAAAGACAUAUCCAUAAUUUGAUAAAAUUAUUUCAGCCCUUUUUGGGAAAAGUCACUUUCAUCCCUGAAGGGUAGAGAGAGUGAAUUUAAUGUUUUUGCUUCAGGGGUUAAAUUAGUAACGGGUGAAGCCUCCACAAUUUGUUAAACAUCCAUGGAUUCUGUGAGGCAUGCUCCUUAUCAUGCAUCCAAUCUGAUUUUGGGGGAUCCUGGACAUAUCCCAACCAAAGAGGUGGGCUGACGUUCACGUUGUAUAAGGCGUCACCCCAUCAUGUCCCAGACUUGUUCGAUGGGUGAAAGGUCAAACUCGAGCUGGCUAAAGAUAUGUGAGGAUAUUUUCCUGUUGCCUAAAUGCUGUCGCUACUCUACUACAAUGAACAUGGACGUUGUCAUCUUGAUAAUUGAAAUAUCGGCUAGCGACACGCAUGAAGGGCACAUCUAUUGAUAUUGCACCGAUAGUACUGGCCUGAAGUUGGGUACUGGCAGUCAUGGUGAAUUGACUCUUUUCAGAACUGAAUCCCCUCCAAAAGGGUCACGAUCUUCAAUGUUACCCUAGACAUAACGCUCAUUGGCAUGUCACAAAACUCAGCCACAUUGAUAUUGCAACGAUAGUACUGGCCUGUGUUCUUCCCUUGGACAAUCUGAAGUUGGGUACUGGUAGUGAUGGUGAUUUGACUCCUUUCAGAACUGACCCCUCUCCAAAACGGUCAUGAGCUUCAGUGUUACCCUAGACGUAACGCUCAUUGGCAUGUCACAAAACUCAGCCACAUUGAUAUUGCACCGAUAGUACUGGCCUGUGUUCUUCCCUUGGACAAUCUGAAGUUGGGUACUGGCAAUGAUGGUGAUUUGACUCCUUUCAGAACUGACCCCUCUAAAAACGGUCAUGAGCUUCAGUGUUACUCUAAGCGUGUCACAAAACUCAGCAUGUCACAAAACUCAGCAUGUCACAAAACUCAGCCCCAUUGAUAUGCCCUCCAUUGUCUACCUCUUCACACCAUUGGCGUCUGGCAGCAAUAUGUCUCGCCGUCAAAGGGAGCGUGACAUAAUGCCGUCACGUGUGGAGUUAAUGUGCAUGCAGUCUGUUUGGAAUCGUCUGACCCGAGACUCUCACUCCAGCUGUAACACGGAGGUGUUGGGCUGUCUGGGACACAGAUUGGCCUUGAUUUCUCAGUGUAGGUUCCACUGAGGUGAUCUUGAACUGGAAUUGUGGCCUGAAUGAGACUGAUCAUCCAUGUUUUGAGUUACUCGAUGUUGGGUCCACAAAUGACUAAUCACUGCUUGAGACAUGUUGAGUGUUACUUGCCGAGACAUUCACAGAAUCGAAGCUAGAUCUGGUAGGGUCAUAUCACGAUAAAGUCAGGUCCACCAUUCCAGAUAUAAUGCCAAAAUACAUGAUGACUCACUGCCACGAAAAAGCUGACACAAUGCUUUCAGUAUCUGGCCUCUUUGAAAAAGGAUUGAGUUUAAUUGGUCUUCACUACUUCACAGAUGCAGACUGUGGAAGAAAAUUUGUUGAAGUGUCAAAACAGAAAUGGAUUUCUGCCUGCCUUUUGCUACCUGCCAAUCAUUAAAUUGUGCAAACAUGGACGGUAACUCUCACUUUAUUGAGGCUCAUGACAAUCCAUGGAAAUACAUGUAUGCAUGCAUUAUUCCCGUGAAAUAUCGGUCAUUCGAGUGAUUUGUCUGUAAGGUACACACACAGUGAAGUCGCUUGGAUACUCUACCUGCUUUUCAAUGGGAGUUAUUAAGAAAGAAAAAUCUUGAGUGAGAUGUUGCCUCCAUCUAGAACACUACAACCACACAUUGAUCAAGCUAACUCUAUACAUGUGUAUCAAUGAGAAACGAGUCCUACAUUUCCGCGAUACCAAAACUACCUUCAGUUGAACAGAAUAGUCAACCCGGAUGAGGGAUGUUUGCCAGUCAAGUACCUUAACAAACCCAAGUAGUCCUGGAGCCCGUAAAAUAUAGAUGUCAUGGUCAGUUCCAGUCGGCUAACUGCUCUUGCCUUAGAUAUGGUCUCACUUGUACUGCAUUGUCAGGUUUUCUGCCACAAGAUAAUUUGAGGGUAUACAAUAAAAAAAUGUACAGACCAAAAGUGCUCCUACUAGGUGGUUAUGGGUUUGAAAUGUUCUGCAUUUGGACAAAUUUAAACUUGUUCUCUUACUACAUCUAUCUAAGAAUUAUAAAAAUGUAUCCAUUAAUAUCCCAGAUUUUAGGGUAUGUAAUUUUACCCUCUGGCAGAAAUCCUGGUUGUGUGGACUGCUCAAAUGUGGACAAGCUGAACCUUGAUAAAGAUAACGUUGACAAUGAUUUCUAAACAAAAAAUACUGUCUUGACAUGAAAAAUAUAAUUAUUUGCACUCUUUAUCCUUGACCUUAAAACUAUGACUUUAUCGGCUGAUGUCGUCAGAACAUAUCUGAACUUAAUCAGAAUUAUAAAAAAACUAUCAAUUUGCAUGUUUAUUUAAUCUCUGUCAGAGCACCCAUUGCUAAGGUAUGUCUAAAGCCUUUGACCUUGAACUUAGGUGUGACCUUGAUCCUUAAUGACCUUGAAAAAAACCUAUUAGUUUACAAAUUUGCCUCGUCUCCGUCAGCACAUGCAUUGCCAAUAUAUAUCAAUUUAUGUCACUAUACACAAUAUAGCUAUAUAAAGGUCAAAGUAAUUAAGAGUUCAUAUGACAACUUUAAGGUCGUCAAAAAAACAUUUUACCUUCCAUUUUUGUAAUCAUUGUACCCAAAUGAUGCAAUAACCACCCAUAACUCAAUUUGGGCAGCAAAUUCCUACGGGAUGACAUAGUCGACCACACUAAAAAGUGUUAUGUAAUACACAUAAUGGAAAAGACCUACUGUUUGUUUUCUCAGAAUAAGCCAGAAAUAUUGUAUACCAUUUAGAGAUUGAAAAUAAAAAUUUGUUUAAUGACAUCACUAGAGCAAAUUGAUUUAUUAAUCAUUGGCUAUUUGGAUGUCAAAACAUUUGGUAAUUUUGACAUAGUCAG